AAAUCGUGCAAGUAAACCGAAACUGUAUCAAAGUUCAUUUUGUAAUCAAAGAUUUAUUUGUCAUAAUAAAGUCGUAAAAAUAAUAUAAAUAAGUCUUAGGUAAAUUAAAAAAUGGCUUUGCCAGCAGCGCAGCCAGCUGAAGUACUCCGAGCAUGGCAGAAAGACGAUUUGUACGAGAAGCAACUGGCAGAGUCGCUGGCUCGUCUCAUGCCUUCUCAUCAUGCACCGAAGGCUGCUCCUUUAUCAUCAGUGCUUUACAAAUUUUUUACUACCCUGAAGGAACUUCAAACACUCGGAGAAGAGUACUCAGGCAUUGUACAAGUUGACGAAACUUACCAUAAACUCCCGACCUUUACCAGCAGACUUUUAAGCAUACUGUUAUCAGCUUUUGGUGAAAAUCUAACUAGAAAGAUACUGCGAAAAGCCGAAAAGAGUGUCGAACACAGUACAGCUUUACGACCUGAAGCUCAGAACACGUUUCUUGUUAUUAUCAAGGCCGUGAACAAUAUGGUGCCACAAAUUGAAAGCAUACACCGUGCAUUAAGUUACAUCAAAGGAGGACCAUUACAAAUAGGAAAGUCAAUCACUGCUAUAGAUUACGUCCACGUACGCCCUGCAGCUGCGGCGUAUUACGCUCAUUUGAGGUUAUUGGGAAUCGUUACACUUUUACAUGCCUUUAUAUCUUGUGGACAGAGCAUUUACCAGGCCAAAAAGAAUAUGGACUUAAUGAGAGACUUUCCAAAUGAAGUGGAUAGCAGUAAAUCAUGUGUAGCAUGCCUGGAAGAGAUGCUGCAACCGUGUGUGCUUCACUGCGGACACAUUUUCUGUAUGAACUGCUGUUACGGAGCUUUGGAGACGUGUGCAUUGUGUCGGACUCCUUUUACUAAGAACACUGUUGUGCCAUUGAUGAAUUAUUAUCCAGGACAAAAAUAGGUUAUUGUGGGAAGCUUAGUCAUCGGCGGCACUGUGGGAACCUCAUCUACUGAUUCUACUAUAGAUGCUGUGGCCAAUGAUAAUACCAAAAAAAUUACCUUACCUUAUGGGUGUAAUGAUAGUAAGCUACAUAGUAGCAGUAAGUGUCAUGGACAACCAACUUGUUAUUUUAUGACCAGUGAUAUUAGCUUAAAUAUUUUUGUAAAUUGGUGUGGGGCAUUUUAUGUCGUAAAAUAAAAAUAUAU